AUGAGUUCCGGCAACAUGCUAUACGGUGGUGAUGAAAUUGGUGCAUUAGUUUUUGAUCCUGGCCAUCAUUCGCUGAGAGUGGGUUAUGCCCAAGAGGAUACACCAAAAGCCGAAAUACCCUCUGUUGUGGGAGUUGGACCAAGUGCACCGGAUACAAAUAUGGAUUUGGAGACAAAAACUGAUAAUAAUGUUACACAGAAUAAUGCUCCAUCGCAUAAGUAUUAUGUGGAUACCACGUAUAUAAAUGUACCACGUUCCCAAAUGGAAAUUCAAACAUAUAUGAAGGAUGGCAUGAUUGACAAUUGGGAUCUAUUCGAAAAGGUUAUAGAUUAUGCCUAUGCCAAGGUAAUACAAUCGGAACCUGAAUAUCAUCCAGUAUUGUUUUCCGAGGCAUCGUGGAAUGUUCGCAACAAUCGUGAAAAACUAACCGAGCUGAUGUUUGAAAAAUACAAUGUACCGGCUUUCUUUUUGGUAAAAAAUGCAGUGUUGGCUGCAUUUGCCAGUGGACGUGCCACUGCCUUGGUGGUAGAUAGUGGUGCAACACAUACCUCUGCUGUUCCCGUUCACGAAGGUUAUGUACUAUCCCAGGCGGUGGUUAAAUCUCCUUUAGGUGGUGAUUACCUAUCGAUGCAAUGUCGCCAACAUUUGGAAAAAAUUGGUAUUGAUUUAACACCCUCAUAUCAAAUAGCUUCCAAAGAUGUCGUCAAAGAACGGGAUAAUCCACGUUUUACAACACGUAAAAUCCCAGAUAAUUUAACACAAUCAUGGCAGAAUUAUAUGCAAAAAUUAUUAUUGCAAGAUUUCCAAAUGAAUAUUUUACAAGUAUUGGAAAAUCCCUAUGACGAACGAGUGGCUUCACAAAUACCCACCGUACACUAUGAAUUUCCAACGGGCUAUCAUCAAGAAUUCGGUUCAGAACGUUUUAAAUUGGCCGAAAGUUUGUUUGAUCAUGCACCGCUGGGUGCGGGUCAAUUGGCAUCAACAAGUGUUGGUAUGUGUGAUGCUGAUGUACGUUUAUCGCUGUAUGGUUCUGUUGUGGUGACGGGUGGCAACACAUUAUUACAAGGCUUUCCGGAACGAUUAAAUCGUGAUCUGCAGCUGCGAGCUCCAUCCAAUACUCGACUGAAAAUGAUUUCCGCAAAUGGUAGUGUUGAGCGACGAUUCGGUGCCUGGAUUGGUGGCUCAAUAUUGGCAUCCAUUGGUACAUUCCAACAAAUGUGGAUAUCUUCUCAGGAAUAUGAAGAAUCGGGUAAAAGUCAAGUGGAAAGGAAAUGUCCUUAA